AUGUAUUUAUUAGUCGCUGAUCUACCUCUCCUCUACAGACUUGUAUACAUUCUGCAAUUCUUGGGAAAAGCAAAUAUUGGAACGUUUGGAGGCAAGGAGGUGCUGCAGCAUGCAAUUACACAAGUCUUGCAGAAAAGCCCGUCCAGCAAGGAGGUGCUCCUGGAUAUGAAGGAAACACACUUGACAUGCACCGAGCGAAACAGCAAACUGGAGCUGUUUGAGCAUCAAUAUCCGGAGAUUUCAUGUGUUGGGAGAUACGGUCGACCAGACUACACAAUAUUUGCCUUCUGCGUGGCAGACUCCCCAGAAACCCCUCAGUCUUCAGGCUUCUGCUGUGUGGUGCUCAGAGCCAGCUCCAUCAAGCAGUGUGAAGAGCUUGUCUCCCGUAUAGCUACUGGCUUCAAGCACACAGAGUGGUUCGUAUGACAACUGGGGCAAAAUCCUUUUCCACAUGC